AUGUUCGCCGUUUCAACCGAUAACGUCCUCUCGGAAUCUUCGGCCGAACUCAUAUGGGAGUUCAGCGAUACAACAGAAUCAAUUCCGCCUGAGGCUACUUAUAACGGUCCGUUGAAAGCCGAUCAAAAACAGCAACCACAUCUGAUGAUGGCACACCCUAGCGGCGUGAAGACUAGAUACACCGUCAAGAAGGACUCGCUGCUCGACCUGAUCGCUGUCGGAAAAUCUCAGCUGAUCAACACGGCCAGCUUGACAGGCAGCCAGGCAUCGAUGCCGCUCAAAGUGCUGACCGUCACCCGAAGCGGCAUCGUUACCGACGUGACCCUUAUGAGUAGCUGCCUGACGAUGGAAAGUUCCGCAGUGACACCCAGCUGUACUGCCGUCUACGUUGACGGAUCAGAAGUAAGAGGAUCGAUAAACGCCACCAUACAUGUCGAAUAUGGCGACCUGAAAAGUUUAUCGCACUUCACCGUUUGGUAUCCGGAGUUUCCUGUCGAAAUCUACCUUGACGAUCCGGUGUUGCACGCGAUCAAAGGAUGGCGGGUAGCGGAGCACGAUCUGCGGAAGCCACGGAAUAACCAGAGCUUCUUGUCAGUGGCAAACAAGAACUCGUGCAGAAAUCGCUAUCAAGAAAGUCAGAUCAGGGUUUAUUCGCGGUUUCGGGUGGACGACCUCAUGACCGGAAUGAGAGCUUACCUUGGAGGCCUCGGUCGGCAGAUUCAAUGUGACGUUACCUCGUUGGCGAAGAACAGCUUAAGGGUGGCCGACGAUCGAAUUGCAUACAUCCAUGUCACUGCCAGUGGUAAAGUUAUUGUCGAAGGUAUAAAGACCGGACGAACAGAGGUUCAGUUUCUGUCACCAUUUUCUCGCGUACCGUAUGGUGCAACCGAACUCGAAGUAACUAACGACAAAGUGAGCAUCAGGAAGUUUCAAGCGUACCCCCUGGCGAAGUUGGAUUAUUCAAUAGUGCCUCAUCAAACGUUGAAGGACAACUACAUUUUGCAGGUCCGCCGGGUACGGACCUUUUCGAAACAGUACCAGAACGGAGCUGCCAAACUGAUGCUGGAGUAUUCAGACGGGAUGAGAACAGAUCUUCACGAUCUGUCCGCUUCCGAGUUUCACCUUCAGAUCCAGGCUGAGGACAACAACGUCAUUUUUCUACCUGCUGAUGGUCAAAAGCUGGCUCUUUUCCGAUACUUGAUUCUAGACGAGACGAAGAGGAGUUCGGUUCGUAUCUCGUUCUUCGUUCCAGAGUACUGCUUUGAAAAGGACGAAUUACCUCUCUUCGCGACAUCGGUGGUCAUCGAGUCAAACGUGGCGCUAAAAGCAUGGUACGAUUCAGCGAAGAACUCUGAGGAGUCAACAAAACACGAUGGGUAUUUUGCGAAUCACCUUGUGAAGGUUGUUGUUCCGACGGAACCCCAGAACCACGAGUCGAUAUCUGAAGACACGUCUCUGUUGCCGGAGCCGGUGAGAAACAGCGGUGGAAGCAAGUCGAACUCCGGUUAUUCGCUGAUUAUGAACCACAGCCGGGGAGUUAAGCCAACCGAGAUCAUACUUUACAUAUUGGUAGCGGUGUCACUGCUGGUAGGAAUCAUUUUUUCUUUGAACUGCUUUAUGCACUCCAGACACGCGAAGCUGAAAUCCCUUAAGCCGACAUGCCCCAGGCUUCCGUUUCCUCUCCGUUCUUUCAUUUUCUCUCGGCUUGGCAGAGAAACGGUCAUGCCGGCCGGACAGGAGUUCAUUUGGAUGAGAGCCAACACUUUGACAAGGGAGACACGCAAAUCUUUGGGGUGCACAGACCAGCUGAACAAUGACAGUGAGUCGAACGUCUUCGAAGGCGAAAACAUGUGCGACUACAACGCUAACUCGUUCCGAGGGCGUUCCUCGAAGCGGUCCUCUGUUCGGUCUACGCCGGCCAUUGCCUGUUCAUCUUCUUGUCACCGACAGACGACUGUCGCAACGGCGUACGCCCCUCGGUCUUUUGACAGGAGCUCGUUGUACCUAGGCUCCGAAGUCUGUGUCCACAUCUGUCCGAACCCCGUGUUGGAGGUGCACUGUGACCAGGAACGGCGCGCUGCUAGCUGGAACUUCAGCAAGUCAUUUCCGGGUCACCAUCAUCGUUGUGUGAUCACGGACAGCUCGUCGGAACAGAACAUCAGCUACGCGUCCACUGCGCCUCGAUCGGCCGCCUCGAGGCCGUACGAAUCGCACUGGGACAGCCGUUCCCUCGGCAUGAAUGAAACCCAGUUAAGGGACUACUUUAACAGCUUGCGGGAAACCGUUGCUUGA